GCAGGCGGUAGGCACGUAUCACCCCCGAGGUCAUCCUUUAGAGUGCCAGACUAGGUAAGGCCACAACUCUACUUCAACUUGUCACACUCUCAAAGCCAAAGCACUUCCAGACACCACUUCUCUUCUCCAGGAGUCAACAUGUACAGAACUACAAGAUCCCCCAUGAUGCAGCCGCUGGUCAACUCAGGAAUGGGCAUGGCUCCUUUCUUUAAGGUGACUGUGUUCGAGCAGGAGCACUUCCAGGGAAAGUACCUGGAGUUCACCUCUGAGUGCUGCAACAUCCAGGAGUGUGGGAUGGACAAUAUUCGCUCCAUCAGGGUGGAGAGUGGAGCCUGGGUGGGUUUCGAGCACCACGACUUCCAGGGCCAGCAGUUCAUCCUGGAGAGAGGAGAGUAUCCUCACUGGGACGCCUACAGCGGCUCCCUGUCCUACCACGUGGAGCGCCUCAUGUCUCUGCGCCCCAUCUACUGCGCCUCCCACCAGAGCAGCCGCAUGACCAUUUACGAGAGGGAGAACUUCAUGGGCCGCUGCGUGGAGGUCUGCGAUGACUACCCUUCUCUGCAGGCCAUGGGUUGGAUGAUGCCUGAAGUUGGCUCCAUGCACGUGCAGUGCGGCGCCUUUGUGUGCUACCAGUACCCUGGCUACAGGGGCCAGCAGUACAUCAUGGAGUGUGAGAGACACAGUGGAGACUACCAGCACUGGAGGAACUGGGGUUCUCACUGUCAGACCCCCCAGAUCCAGUCCAUCAGGCGUAUCCAGCACUGAGAGAGGCUGAAAACUGAAGCUAAAACCCCCUAUCGGACAGCAGGCCCCCUUCCUACCCACAAUCCUCUCCUGUCUUUCCUUCCUCUCCCCAAUCCUCUCCUUCCUUUUGACUCGAGCCGCUGCAGCCGCCCCAAACAGACCCCACCGAAUUACAGCCGCUCCUAUAGUGUGAUAAGAGACAAUAUCACACUGUUAAAGCACAGGGAAGCACACAUACACUUGACGACAUAAUUGGCACGCACAGUGUCUUUUUAUUUGGUUUUGAGGCCCCUGCACACGCUCACACACCUGUGCUGUACUCUCACCUGAUCCCAGCUGGUGGAGCAAAUCGAACACAGGUGGACUCCAGGCGUUCGUCCCCAGCUGCACACUCUCCUCGGUGCAGCUCAGAUGUGCGGCGUUGUAGUGUAGGAGGUCGACCCACAGGUUGAUGAUUAAUAAACUCGUUUUCACUUCA